AUGGCCACCACUUUCGCCCAGCACCCUCAACCUAUGCAGUCGCCCACCUACAUCUACUCUAGUCAGCCUCAAUAUGGCGAUUCGACCACUCCUCCUUCAAACAAUGUCUCUCCUUCCAGCCGUUCCGCAUACAUGCACGCCAAGCAGGUUCGCCAGCCAAAGCAGCCUCUCUACGUCCCUGCCGUUCUGCGCCCCACAGAGUUGCCUGGCUCAAGACAAACGUCCUUGACCCCUCCUCGCAGCGCACACAGCAGCAUGGAUAUGUCCAGAGAUGGCUUCAAGUUUGCCGCUCCUGCUGGCCUCGCAUCCCCUCCUCUCAGCCCCGAUGAGGACGACUCUAGAUCGUUCGGCCCCUGGGGUCCUGCUAGCAUUUCCAGAGUCGUUUCCGACGAGUGGACUGAGACUCAGGGUGCUGUCACUGGUGCUCCCACGAGAAACCACUGGAAGCCUGACAACAGUGCUGCUCAGUGCAAGUCUUCCACAUGCACUCGUCCUUUCUCUAUGCUCAACCGUCGUCAUCACUGCCGUCGCUGCGGAGACAUUUUUUGCAGCAGCCACAGUCCUCACGCUAUUCCCCUCGACCAAGAGGCUCGCUUCCACUCUGAGGGCACUCUUCAGCGUGCUUGCGACAACUGCUGGACUGACUACCGUGCAUGGCGUGCUGCUCGCCCUUCGCGCAACAACAGCGUCGGCAGCAGAGACAGCAACGAGACCAUGUUCACUCAACCCGUCGGUGUUCCCAACUCAAAUAAGUCAUCUGAGGAACAGCAGCCCGUCGGCAGCGUUGCCCAGUCCGUUGGCGGCAACUGGAACUGGAGCACCUUCUAA